AUGCGAUUAAGUCAACUUGAACGUCUUCAACUACAACUACACCACAUUAUGCCACUCUUUCGCGAAGAAAACUUUUUGGUGGUCCAUGCCGGCUCGGAACACACUCUUUUUCUAUUUGGCUUGCGUGAUUCUUUGACGCCUCCACAGUACAAAAUCCCAACUGUCGUUUAUUUAGACACCACCGCCAAUGAAUAUAAAGCAUCCAAUCCUACUGGCACAUUGCAAGAAAUUAGACCCAUCAAAGGUUCGCGUAUAGUGGAUGUUCCCGCUUUCGAGGCACUUUUGAAGUUCAUUCUACAGACAAUCGUUGCGAGCAAUCCGAUUGUCACCAUUAAUCAAAUUCCAUUGCUUUUGAUUGUGCCUUCGAUAUCUUAUUCUAGAUACGCAGUGGAGGAAAUUACCAGAUUCGUCUUUGAGACUUUAGAGUUUACCGCUUUCAACGUUUUGGAUUUAUCUGUCGCUGCUGGUUUUGGCGUGGGUGCCACCUCCAGCGCAUUGGUGGUUAAUGUUGGCCAUGAGUCAACUCAGAUUAUGCCUGUUGCGAGCAACAUGGCGCUCAAGUACGCCGGGAUGCGUUUAGAAGUGGGCGGUAAGACUAUCGAUGAAGAUUUGCAAAAAUUGCUUCCUCACUUUUCUGCGCAGCAGAUACAUGCUUUGAAAACUUCUCCAGUCUAUGAGGUUUUAAAUAACCACGAUGACACUUUUUACUCCUUGACGGAGUUGGAUGAAAAUAAGGAAAGCUCAGCGGAGGAAUAUGAGGUUGCCAAAAUUAUAACCGAAGACACUUCUGAGGAAGAGAAGAAGGCGGAGGAUGCUAGACCAAAUAGCGAGUUGGAGAAAAACUCUUUCGUGGACCCUACAACCGGUAGUAAGAUUGUGGUUGGAAAGGAAAGAUUUCAAGGUACUGCGAGAUUAGUGCAGACCAUAGCUGAAGCUAUUGGGCAGUGCUUGCAAAAAGUUCCGGACUUGGACAAGAGACAAGAGUGUUACGAUAACAUAAUCUUUGUUGGCUCGACAUUCAAUAUUCCUGGUUUGAGACAAGCUAUUAUACUUGAAACAUGUCGCCAAUACUUGGUUCUUCCACCAAGCACUAAAAAGAAGUCCAAGGGAGAUCAAAACGGUAUUAAUUCUACUCUUGCUUCUUACCAACAAGCAGAUGAACCAACCGAAAGCAAUGAAGCCACUGGGGCCACUCAAGUGCCAUCUUCCAUUAAAAUGGUCAAGCUUCCAGACUACUUCCCAGAAUGGAAAAAACCGAAGGACAGAGGUGGAUCAUGGGCAGACGCCUACUUUUUAGGUGCCGAGAUCUACGCGAAGCAGAUAUUUGGUGCCAACUCCAACCAUGGCGAUUCUUUCAUCGACACGGAAAUUUACGAAGGAAGGGGACCACUAGCCAUUUGGGAAGUAUCCAUCUGA